CGGUGAGUGCGGAUGGAUUUCAUGGAAUAGCAAAUGUUGUCCUUGCUAGAAAUGAUUACUUUUAGGCCUACGUUGCACGCUAUGUAGUUUCUGCUAUGUACUGUCGAAGUUCGAACCCAUACCGUAACGGUUCCGUGUGUUCUCUGUUAAUUUACUGUUCAGGGUAGGCGGCCUAUAAUCUGGCACUGAAAAACAAUCCCAUCAAAUCAAAGGGUAAAAUACAUCACGGUGUGUCAAAAUAGAUUGGCGCAGGAUUUGUUUCGUGUGGGUGUGAAAUAGGGGUGAAAAAUAAUCAGGGGAAUCCCCUUCACUUUGGAACGAGGUUGGGAAAGGUGGCGUUACAGUCGAUAUCAACGCAAUUACCAUCCCUGGGAUCGAGUGUGCACUUUGGAAUUUCCAGUUUUUCGGAGUAGUCGGAUCCCCACACAACUCUGAUAUCGUAUAAUGUUGCAUGACGCCUGGGUAUCCUGGAAUAAAUAGUCGGUUUAUUUCCUCCGUUCGUAAAGUGAUGCGUAAUCGCCGAGGGUUGUUGGGACAUCAAGAUAGACAAUAAACAUGAUCUAGCAGUCUAGCAUGGAGAACCCCUCUGCCGCAGAAUGUUAUCUACCAGACACCUAUCAACCCCCUUCAAAAGUGGACGAAACCAAUUUGGAUUCAGGGGCGUUCCAACAUGUGAAAGAUCUUCACGUACAAGUGGAGAACUACAUGAAAGCCCUGCCCGUGAAUGAGAAAAGCAUUGCCGAGCAUGUAGACCAAAUAGUGGCGUUGGACUUUCCCCUACCGGCAAAGUUCUCCAAGGUUAACGUCGUUGACCUUAUCAAGAAAAACAAGAAUAUAAAGGCCGACGACAGUUUACCCACUUUAGCAUCAGCUCUGGGGCUCUUGGAAAAAUAUGGCCGCAACUUAUUGAAACCCGAACGACCGCAAUUGUGGAAAUGCAUCUAUUUUGCAAAUAGUGUUUUCCGUAUGAGAGUGGACAUCAUCAAGGGCGCAAGAGAUGUCUUAAAGCUGAUGGGCUAUUCCGAGGUGGUUGAAGACGGACUGAGUUUCCCCACUGAUCAGGAAUCACCCAGUUUGGAUCUUGUUGCCAUAGUAACCGCUGACCUAGCCAUAGCGAAGAGAGAGAUAGAGCUGUUUAGUCAAGGGGAGCAUCCGUAUUCCUAUCGAAUUCAGGAUUGUCUGGACGGAACGAUCGCUAUGAUUCAGUUUCCUCCAGAUUCACCAUCCGGUCAGCCUAAGAACAUCUUCAUGAGACGUCCUGCUCAGGGCGGGAAGACCAUCUAUGAGAACGUAACCCUGAUGCAACCUCCUCAUAAGGUGGACUUCUCGGAGAGGUUUAAUCAGCAGUUAAACCUCGGCAGUACGACAGAUGGAAACUGGAGAGAUGCUCUUGAAGUUGUACCGGCACUAGCCCCAGUCAAAAUCAAUCCCUUCGCAUCAUCUUUGCAACCAGCAUCCCAGGGAGAAGGAAUCAUACGUAGGAUCGGAGAUCCAAUGCCGGCCUCCGGCCCCGCAAAGUCUGACGUUGGAUUGGGAUACUUUGCCAAUACAUCCGGGCAGGUUGCACAGGUUCCGAACGUGGCUCCAAGCACAGCUCACCAGUCGGUUGUAGUUCCAUCUCAGACAGUGUCGCAGGUGCCUGCUAUCAAUACAGAAAAGACAAGUGAGUGUGUGAUGUGUGGUAAAGCCACCGCUAAGCUUCAGUGCAGCACCUGUUCGGGACUGCGAUGUGAAUCCUGCGACAAACAGUGGCAUCUUCACCCAAACCGCCGCGCUCAUCAGCGAAAAAUGAUCGAUCUUCCACCAGUCAUCGAGGUGACCACAUCGCAGCCGCUGCCGCCCAUUGUUCUCUGCGACGUGUGCGGGACUCAGCCAGCAUCUUUAUUCUGUGUCAACUGCAGCAGUUCCACCGACAGCGGCAGGUAUUGCAGCGACUGCGACGCUGUGUUCCACGGACACCCGCUGCGGCAAGAUCAUUCUCGACAGCCACUGGAGUUAACGAAGACGGAUCCCGCGGACAAACCACCGCCUAAAAACAUCGUCUUGUCUCCAGUGAGUUCACAAGAUUCUUCCCAACCGACGGAAUCAGGUCCUGCACUUGCUAAGAAAAGACCAAUCCCUGCUCCUAGACGUUCCUUCAAUAAAAAUCAAGCUCGGAAGGAGCCAUCUGAAGCCGCGAUACCUGAAGGAACGACUCUCUCGGACGAUGUCUUCACUGUGGAUGAAUCCAAAUGGAUUCAACCAGACAUCAAGCAUCCACCGUCCACGCAGCGGACAACUACUCGGUCUCAGUCUGAGACUGACUUGGAGCAUACAGCCAGUGGCCCCGUGUCUCCAAAGGCUUACCACUCGCUCCCAGCCUCCAAGAAAGAGAUCAUGUCAGAGAUGGAAGCAGUCGUCAAGAUGGACAUCGAGAUCCUUCAGAAGAUCCAAGCAGAUCGUGACAUCAUGAGCACUUGCGAUAAAGGCUCACCCAGGUAUGAAACCCUGCAAGCGGAAAUAAGCCGUUUAACGAGCGAGCACGAAGGCCUCCUGAGGCGGCAAAAGGAACUAGAAGCCCUUGAGAAGAGUGCCACAUUAGGGGUGGUUGCAGAGAAGGAGACAACCGAAGAGCACCCUGAGGUCAGGUAUCCACCAGCAAAGGAUUACAAGUCGUUUCCAUCUCGACAAACAACCAUGGCUGCCACCACUCCGAAAGGCUCUCCCCCUACCAACACUACAGCCUCAAGUAACGCUCCCAGACCACAGCCUAGAUCAGUCAGCACUUCGGAAUCACUCAGGCAGACGAACCAAGUCACCAAUACACAACCUGCAUCUGCUGGGAUACCGUAUACCUACCAGGAGCCAUUUGCACCUCCCAAUCAGGGGUCGCAAUUCUUGCCUGCGUCUGCCUCCUCAGCUCCGUCCGUUGCUGUCAGAAAUCCCCCAGAGAUCACCCCAUCGGCUCAACCUGCAGUUAUGGAUGUCGGCUCUCCUAUCGUGCAGCCAGGAAGAGUACAACAACUGGUUAAGCACAGCAGUUCAGGUUCCACGGUGAGAGGUGCACCAAACAGCACCAGCCAGGCACCCAUCAACGGCAGCCAAUCAGCGUACGGGGCCUGGGUGUGCCAGAGUUGCGGCAACCAUAACACAGCCUCCUCGUCUAACGCCGUCUGCAUGACGUGCCUUUCUCCCUUGAGUACCACACAGAGGCAGACAGUAGCAGCCCUCAGCCAACAGCUGAGUCAUACUCUACCGAUGGCUGCACCUCCACGUCAACCACAACCUGGUACCUUCCAGAUGAAGGCAGCCUCAACUGCUCAAGCUGCCACGGCCUGGGCUGAAGAACCUGUGACUGCAGCUGGUGCCACGCCUGUUCCCUCCAGAUCCCUACCCAGCCAGCCGUUUAAGCCAGUCAGUGUCUUCACCUACCUACAAAUGGAGGAGGAGGCGAUGCUGAAAGAAAAGCAGAAAGCAAAAGAGGAGUAUGAGAUGCAGAUGGCAGCACAGAGGGAAGAGAAGCCCAAGACGCCAUCGCCUCCACCAAGAACGAAAAAGGCACACAAGAAGGAGCAAGAAUUGCCAUCGGAAAGAGCUCCGAUGUCGCCAAGAAUGAAGCUGUCACCCAAUCAAGAUGAUGUCCUGUUAACGCCACUCGCGAAGGAUUUCACAGCCGCUCCCCGGUCAGUAUCACCAGGCCGUUCUCACGUCAUGUCGCUGGAAGACAAGAAACGACUAGAUGAACAGAGAUCCCAGAGUCUGGACCUCAUUGAAAUACUCAGGGCCGCUGAGGGGGCUGGAUAUUUUCCCGAGGAGGUUGUUGCCGCCUCAGAACAGAUGCAAGGAAGCAACAGCGAGGCGACCAAUGAACUUCAGUGGCUCGAAGAAAACUGGGAUAACUACGUCUCCACUGUGACUACCAUGGCAACCAAUCAUCUGAAGAAGGAGAUAGGGAAGAGUUUUAGCAAGGUGAGGAGUCAGGAUGCUAGCCAGGCGCUCAGAAAGCAUUAUGGGAACGUCGAGAAAGCCGUCGAGGAAUGUGUGACUGAAAUUCAAAAGAGGGUCCUGAGUCUCGUCGACCUUGGCUUCUCCCAUAAGCGCGUUUGCGAGUUGCUUUCCACAUGCGAUGGUGGAGUGGACGAAGUACUAAUCAAACUGCACCAAGAGAGGGCGGCAGAGUUUGUUGCUCGUAUAUGGGCUGCGGAGAAUUCUGCUUCUCAAAAGAAACAGGUGGUCGACCUUGGGGUGUGUCGAGAUAAUGAGAGUAAAGAGAGACGUCUUCGCAUCUUGUUGGCUGAGUAUGACCUAUCAAGCUGGGGCCGUGCUGAAACGGCAGCCACGUUGAUUGACAGGAACAAAUAUGACUUUGAUGAUGCCAUCACAGCUGCUGGACAGUGUGGUGACCUGGAAAGAGCCAAACAGUACCUGGAAAAAGAAUGCCAAGUUUGCUUUGCAGAGUUUCCUAUGAAUAAGUUGAGUACAUUGUCACAUUGCCAGUGUCUGAUCUGCUCGGGCUGCCUCGAAGGCUACUUUAAUGAAAUCAUCACUAAUCGGAAUAUCAUGAAAGCAGCCUGCCCGGUCUGUGAUAAACCGGAUCUUCGCAGGAACGAUCCUGAGGUUACGGAUUACUUUGGCUUCCUGGAUUCAUUGCUGAAAGGAAUCUUGGACGCUCAAUCCUACCAGUUAUUUCAGACCAAGAUGCGAGAUUGGAACCUGAUGAAAGAGAACAACUUUAGAUGGUGUGCCAACUGUGGCAAUGGUUUCAUCAACGAGGCUCCGGGUCGUCGUAAGAUGCGCUGUCAUGAAUGUAAUCAGAUCACAUGCUUCGAAUGUAAGAAACCGUGGAUGGAUCAACAUGAGAACACAACUUGUGCUGAAUUUCAGGCUUGGAAAGAAGCUAACGAUCCCAACAGUCAAGCUGAAGGAUUAGCCAUUCAUCUUAAAGAGAACGGAAUAGAUUGUCCAAAGUGCAAGAUGAGGUACGAGUUGGCCAAGGGAGGCUGCAUGCACUUCAAGUGUGUCCAGUGUACGUUUGAAUUCUGCUGCGGCUGUGGCAGUCUCUUCAACAAAGGCAAUGAAUGUCGUCGGUUUGCAUCCUGUUUGAAUAGAGGUCUGCAUGCACAUCAUCCUAGAGACUGUCUGUUCUAUCUUAGAGAUCAAGACAUCGAGGCAUUACAGAAGCUUCUUCAGAAACACAACGUUGAGUACAAGCGUAACAAUCCACAAGCUAACCAGCAGCAAGUGUGCAGCGUCAAGGAGCAAAAGGAACUUCCUGAUGGUCUGGAAGACGCCGAGUGUGGGAGAGAAGUUGUACAACAGACCGGACUGUGCAGUGUGCACUACAAGGAGUACCUAGUCAGCAUGAUCAACCAGAGUCACAUUGACCCAGCUGAUGAGUAUAAUAUUGCCGAUCUUACAAUCAUCCUUAAACGCAAUGAGAUUGCGGUACCAGCCAGAGCUAAUAAGGAGAGCGAGGGGGCAUACAGAACUCGAAUACUUAAGGAAGUGAAAGAAAAACUUCCCUUGGAGAGAAAGAAUCCACGAGACCGAGCUCAGUCCCAGUGAAAGGUGGGUCUAUCUCUCUUCCGCCCACUCUAACACAAGCUGUCUGAAAUAGACUGUAUGCAGAAAUAGCCGAGGUAAUAAUAAAAGAAGUAAACUAAAGUAAUACAAUUAAAAAAUAAAUUUGCACAAAUUACAUUUUACUUCAUUUCUGCUUUAUAUUACGUAUUUACUACACCUAGCCUUCUAAAAAAAAAUAGAUCAAUACCCGCCCACUGCCAUUUCCAUCCCUACUCUUUGAAUUUGGAUGAAAUAACUACUUCUUAAGUCUUUUCCUUUGAAAAAAACUUCAAACGAUUUGCACUUUUGCAGAAUAUUGUUUCGGAUUUAUUGAUGAUGUCAUAUGAAAAUCAUGUUAGCGAAUGUAAUGUAAAAUGUGACUCAAUACCUUAGUAUCAAAUCAAAAAUAUUUUGCUGCUGAUUCGAAGUGUUUUUCACCUUUCCUUGGUAUAUUCUUAGUCAGAGAAUAAUUGAAGGGGAUUUCAAAAUUUCUCGAGUAUUACUGUUGUACAAUUUAAUCAAUAUCGGUAUUUGAAGACCAGUAUACUAUUAUAAUAUCGGACCGCGGUUUGUGGAUAACAUAAUGUGAAUAUCGAUCUCUUCUGCGAAGAAAUGUGGGGGUGGAAAGAAUUAAUGGCGAGUUUCAGGAAUAUGCCGAGUCCAUCACAAGUCCCUGCAAGUCCAUCACUGCUUGUCAAUGGAUUUCACCGCGUUAAGCCUCUUAUCAUGCUUUGUUGUAGUCGGACGGAUCAAAUUUGCACAACCAAUUAGCUGCAAAAUUAAAGUGGUUACGCACAGCGCACAGCGUAGCCAAAAUUCAAAAGGUGAUGAUAGUACAGCUGAUUAAGUACAAUGUCACCAGGAACUUAAAGGACAGCUGGUGGAUUUUUUUAUCAGUAGGGUAGAAGACUGAUGAUAAGGUCAGUCACUGUAAUUUGAGCCGAACGGUGGAUUGCAAUCAGUUGAAUAGCCUUGCUGCAUUAUCCAUUGUGUCCAUUUUAGAGUGAGUUGUGUACUUUUAUGCUAGCAAAAACAUCACAUGAAGAGAUAUAGUCAUGAAUGUGUGAUACUGAGAUAGAUUGCAGGAAUCAAUGUAAGUUUUGUUCAAACCCAAUGAGUUUUAGUUAUUAACCUGAAAGACUUUGAAACCCUUUUUUUUUCUGAAAUUCAAUUUAAGUUGUUAUUUAGUUAAAAACAGCUUUGUAUAUUUUUGCCCAGUUUGCCUUCAAAAUACACAGGAUCCACUAAUAAUAAAAUGAAAGUUGUGGCACCAAAUUCUUCAACUGUGUUUAACUGCAAACAAACAUCAAAAAUUUAGUGGGCCUGAAACAUUGGCUAAUCAUUAUUACAAUUGUAAAUAGCACGAGGAUCACAUAGUGUAAAGUGAUAUUGAAGGAUUAAGCCACGUUUUUUUCUCAAGGAAAUUCAUUUUGUUCAGGCUUGUCUAUUCAUUUAUGGGAGACGUAGUAACGAUAACAUGCUGUAUUAUAUUCAAUGUAAAAGCAAAUAGGGUAAUGGUUUUGUGCUGGUAAUGGUAAGAUUGAAUUACAAUAGAAUCUAGAACAUCUUCAUCUGGGGCAGUCAUCGACUGAGCUAUUGUGUCCAGUGCCUUAAUGAUUGGUUUCCAUAGCAACCCUGAAAGGGUUCAGUAUGUAACGCCACAUUCAGUGGCGUAUCUAGGGUUAAACUUCUGAGAGGCCACCGGGGGGGGGGGGGGGGGGGGGUUGCAGUAAUUUUUCAUGGGGCAGUUUUACCACUAAUUUCAUUACGGCUGUCCUGAACAUAUCGAAUAUUCGAUCACCAACCGAAUAUUGGAAUAGUUUUUUGCCAGUUUGAAUAUUAAAAAAAAAAAAAAAAAGUACGCGGUACACAAACAACUCUGAUGUUAUUUUAAAUGGAGAUUCGGUCAAAUGCAGUUUUGAAUAAUUGCAAACUUUUUUAUUCGGAAAAGGACAGCCCUAAAUUUAUGUGUUCAAGAUAUAAUGUGUAGCUUGCAUUUUUCAUUGAAGUCUUUAUAAUGACCCAGUGGGAUGUGUUAUUCCGAUUUCGCCCUCUUGGGAAAUCAUGAUGUUUUUGAUUUUCCCAACUUCUCAUUUAAUCAAUGCCUUAGGUAUUACUUCAUGUAGCCAUGGUAACGUCACUAUUCAUCCAUUGUCUGUUUUUUUUGUAAGUAAAGGGAAGGACCUAUGACUUUCAUCUAUCUGUUUCAUAUCAGAGGGUUAGCUAUGAUUUUUAAAAUCUGUAUUAAAAUGUAAAAAUUUUGACUUUAAAUUUGAUGUCGAAUAAGUUGACACAGAUUCGCUUGGGUUGGAAAGGAAUGGCUUUGAAGUGAUUGUUUACUUUCAGUACUAAAAGAUUGUAUAUGAAUGCUGUAUCUAUUGUAUGCCUUAACUAACUGUGAUUUCAGGCGGUGAAAUAAAAUCAGUGUAACACAAUGA